AUGAGUUCAAUCAGAUCAUUCAAGCCACUCUUUGACCGUGUCCUCAUUCAGAGGAUCAACAAGACCGAGUUGAAGACUAUGGGCGGUAUUUACUUGCCAGACAAGGUGUCUAAUAAGAUGAACGAGGGUGUUGUCGUCGAGAUUGGCACUGGCAGAAGAACUGCUGCUGGUGGCGUCGUCCCAUCUUUCCUCAAGAAGGGUGAUCGCGUUCUCCUCAACGAGACAGUUGGCGAGAAGAUCAAUGUCAACGGUGUCGAUUGUGAGAUCCUCAACGAGAAUGAGAUCCUUGGUUUGAUGGAGAGCAAC